GUUGACCCUGGCAUGGUAUCGAAAGGUACCGGGGUUAUUCUAAUGGAUCCAAAAGAGAGUUGAUCUGCCCAAGGCCUGCGGGGAUCUAGGCUGCAUUAGCGGCUGCGAGAAAAACCACCGGGAACGACCAGCAACAUGCCUUCACCUCCUCAACGGCCAAGCCAUAUCUUGUGUAGCACAGACACGGAGUGACGAUGAGGCUCUUGGAAACAGUCCAAGGGUCACAACCGCUCGGAGACUUUGUAGUAUUCGAAGGAGACAAUGCGCCGGACUAUGCCAUUCUCUCCCAUACGUGGGGGACAGAGGAGGUUACGCUGCAAGAUGUGCGCGAUGCUCAAAAGGACAUCACACUGAUGUCCGGAUAUCCCAAGAUCACGGGAGCCUGCCGGCUUGCCCAGAGUCAGGGGUACGACUACAUCUGGAUCGAUACGUGCUGCAUCGAUAAGACGAGCAGUGCUGAAUUGUCCGAGGCAAUCAACUCCAUGUUCAACUGGUACGAGCAGGCCAGUGUUUGCUACGUCUACCUCUCUGACUUGGACUACACGAUAUACCAGCAGCCCGGGAUGGUUGCUCCGUUGCAACUGGCUCUCCGCGAGUGCAGAUGGUUCACCCGCGGCUGGACACUCCAGGAGCUCAUCGCCCCCGACAAUGUCGACUUUUAUGAUAAGAGCUGGCACCUCAUCGGCUCCAAACUCGACGAAUCACUCGGUCCCGCGCUGGCAACCGUGACGGGAAUCAGCCUCGACAUCCUAACCAAGACCAUCCCCCUAGAAUCGUCCAGCGUCGCCGAGCGCAUGCACUGGGCCUCGUCGAGAGUCACGACACGGAAAGAGGACUUGGCUUAUAGCCUGAUGGGUAUCUUUGGCGUCAACAUGCCGCUUCUGUACGGCGAGGGGACGAAGGCCUUUGCGCGGCUACAGGAGGCUAUCUUGCAGGACACGGGAGACCAUUCCAUCUUUGCGGUGGCACAGCAACUACGAGACGUCUACGCAGGAGGCCGCAUUUGA